GUGUAUCAGCGUUGUUUACAUCAACAAGUUGCAAUUUCGAGUCAAAACAGCUUCAAAAUUUUAGUUUUCCGCGUAGAAUAUUCUCCAAAAUCCCCGUUUUCCUCCCCUCGUGCUUUGUUAUGUUCAACUGGACCUCGCAGCGAUGAAUCCUAUAGUGGUAAGCGUCCCGGGUUUGCCCCGGGACAAUCCUCCCGCCAAACUGCCCCAGCUGGACGAUUUCUGCCGCGUCUGUCUGCUCCGGAAGCCGCAGCUCCGUCCGCUGACCAGCCAGUACGAGGGCGUCAUGAUUCCGGAGAUGCUGUUCAAGGUUUCCGGCACGUUGCUUAACAUUCUGGAGCAGCUGCCGCGGGUCAUUUGCGAGCGGUGCCUCAUGAAGCUGGACGUGGCGUUCCACAUCUCGAACGAGUUCCGCAAGCAGGAGGAGCUGCUGCGAAGCUUCUGCUGGAAGGGCGCGCUGGUGGACCAGCUGGUGGAGUACCAGCAAACGGAAGAAUCUCACCGGAGGUCGCACUCGGAGGGCGUCAUUGACAAGUUGGCAACUCCUGCUGCUGCCGCGACCGAACCGGCCCCAAUCGAGCAGGUGGAACUAUUGUCCGAGGAACAGUUUGACGAAAUGAUCGAAACAGAGAGCGUCGGUUCCGAGCCGCCAGCACCGGCCGCCGUCGAUUCCGAGGAGGUGUUCGAAAUGGUGCUGGAGGUGGACCACCUGGAAACGGUCGACCAGUCGUCAUCGUCGUCGUUGUCGCAGCCACCGCAGAUUAAGGGCGAAAAGUCCCCCGCGGAAGAUCCGCCCGAAGCGACCACUUUUAGCGUGGAACUGCUGCCGUCCACGGUGCCUUUGAAGGCGGAAUGGGUUGAGGAGGAGGAAGCGGAGGAAGACGGGGACGUAUCCUGCUCGGAGCAGGGAGAAACGCAACAAAAUCACGACGAAGAUGGAGAGGAGUCGUGUGGGACGGUAGAUUUCGAAAGCCGGAAGGGCCGCGUCAGAUUUUAUCCUAGAAAGUACAAAAGUGUGCCGAAUGAAAAUGGCGAGUUUGAGUGUAAGGAGUGCGGGAAGAGUUUUGCGGUGCGGAAAACGUUUCUGAAUCAUCUGCGACGGCACGAGCAGGUGCAGGCGGGGACGUUCGAGUGUUUUAGGUGUAAUAAAUGCUUCGGCACGAAGGAACGUCUCGCGCGCCACGAAACCAUCCACGAGCGCGACCUGGUGUGCGGCGAGUGUGGCCACGAGUGCCGCAACGGGUACGACUACCGGGCGCACAUCCGGUCGCAUCAGACGGGCAACUUCAAGUGCCGCCGGUGCCUGUUUUCCUGCUCGGCGCGGAAGGACCUGCUGCGGCACAACGCCGAAGAGUGUCCCCGGCGGGGUGAGCCGACCACCGUUACGAGUAAACCUGCGGAAAAGGUGAAGAAAACGCACAAAUGUCCCGUCGAGGGCUGCGACUACGUGGCGUCCUCCUACUCAACCAUGUACGUCCACAAGCGGUCCAAACAUGCGCCCAAGCUAACGUGCGAAAUUUGCGACAAGAGUUUUGCGUUUGCGAAUUUACUUCGCGAGCACGAGAAACUGCACACCGGAGAAAAGCCCUACCAGUGUGAAUGGUGCGACAAAUCAUUCCGGCGGUUGUUCAGCUACAAGGAACACAUUGCCGUCCACGAGGGGCCCUCGUACGAUUGCCAGGUGUGCGGCAAGGGCUUCAGCAGGCCGCGCUAUCUGACCGCCCACAUGCUGACGCAUUCCGAGGAGCGCAACUUUGUUUGCUCGAUUUGCAGCAAUCGGUACAAAACGAACGGAGAGCUGACGAAGCACGUCCGGUCCAAGCACGAAUUGCUCGACUACGGGAAGGGGGACGACCUGAUCGAGGAGGACUACAACUAUUUUGAGGAUGACAUUGUAAUGUAA